UUGUACAGCAAAAACCAUGCAAAAACUGAGCGAAACUGGUCUCCAACAGCAUACCGACAGACAGCACAUGUUCUUUGUACCUUCAGCCGUAAAUUUUUGCACGCCUCGGACAAAUUCUGUACAAAUUGUAAUAGUUUCUUAAAAACUCCAUCCAGAAAACAUAAAAUCAAUCAACAUGCCUUCCUUCACCGAUAUCGCGUGGAUCUUCACAUUUCUCAUCGUCUUCCUAAUCUCCUACCUCAUCUACUCCGCUUAUCGAGAAAGUCGGUACUUCCACUCCAGAAAAAUUUUCUACUUGGGCAACGAUCUCUACAAGGCGAUCUACUUCAUGAUGAUCAAGAAAAAAAGCCUGGUCGACAUGGUCCAGAUCAAUUACGAUAAGAUGAAACAGGCCAACGCCGGCGUGGGAGGAAAUUCCGAGCGGGGCAAGAACAACUAUCUCGUCACAGAUUUAACCAUCCUAAAACACGUCCUUGUCAAAGAUUUCGACCAUUUCGUCAACCGGAGAACCCUCACGAUGCCAGCUACUGACAUCCUAAUCAAGAAAAUGCUUAUCUUUCUGCAUGACGAGCCAUGGAAAGGACUGCGGUCAAAGUUAAGCCCGACCUUCACCACGGGCAAGAUUAAACGACUCUUCCCCCUCUUCAACGACAGUGCGAAAAAAUUGGUCAAAUUUGUCGACGAGCGGAUGUCGGAGUCGGGGUCCGAUGGCGAAAUCGACUUGUGGGAAGGCUACUCAAAAUUCACGAUGGACACGAUCGCCUCCGCCGUUUGUGGGAUGAACUCGCAAGCUUUCAAUCAAAUUGAACCUUCAAUUUUUGAACGGAUGGGGAAGAAAAUGCAAAUUUCCUUCAGUGCCAAGAACAUAAUAAGCUUUAUGGUGAUGUUCAAUUUUCCAAGGUUUGCAGCCUGGUUGGGGUUAUCCAUGUUUGGGGCGGAGAUGCACGAAUUUUUUGCAGGUGCGAUUAAAUCUUCGAUUAAAGAGAGGAACAAAUCAGGGCGGAAGGGGAACGAUUUUAUUCAGUUGAUGUUGGAGGCGAGAGAAGAUAAGCUGGUGAAGACGGAUGAGGCUGAGUUGGACAGGUUUGAGAAGGAUGCGGUUAUCAAGGGCGAGGUCAAAGGGCAAGAAUCUGACUUGUUAUUGGAUGAUGAUGGGAUAGUUUCGAAUUGUGUGCUUUUUAUCUUGGCUGGAUUUGACACGACGCAGUCACUUUUGCUGUUUUGUGCGUAUGCUUUGGCGAUUCAUCCGGAAAUUCAGGAUAAGUUGAGGAUCGCGGUGGAUAAGGUUUGGGAGGAGAAUGAUGGCGAUUUCACGUAUGAGUCGGUACUCAGGAUGACGUAUUUGGACAUGGUCAUAAACGAAACUCUACGGUUUUAUCCGCCAACCGCAUUCACAGAUCGAGGUUGCACUCAAGACUACGUGCUGCCUGGGACGGACAUCUCGCUGAAGAAAGGAGAUGGAAUCAUUGUCCCGAUAAUGUCCAUUCAUCAUGACGAACGGUACUAUCCAGAACCUGAAAAGUUUGACCCGGAGAGAUUUUCACCCGAAAAUAAGGGGAAAAUUAACACGUAUUCUUUCCUCCCGUUCGGACAAGGACCAAGAAAUUGCAUUGGAAUGCGAUUUGCAUUGACCGAAGUGAAACUCGCAAUUGCCCAACUUGUCCACAAUUUUGAUAUCGAACCCUCCAAAAGGACGCUGAUUCCGAUGGAGUAUGAACAAGCAGGAUCUCUCAAACCAAAGCAUGGCAUGUGGCUGUCCCUGAAACGAAGAAAUGAUAUAAAAUAAAUAUCAUAAAUAUAAAUAUCAAUUUCACGACCGAAUAAAAUAAAAUUUCGGAUAGCAUUUAUAAAUGUAAUAGUUAAUUAGUGCAUACCAAAUUUUUAAUAAGGUCUGAAUUGGAAUGAGUAAAUUUGACAUAUUGCAAUUUGAA